CCAGAUCCGCGAGAACACUAUGGCCGGCGUCGCGUUGGCCUGCGUGCUCGGCCCGGUGGCCUACUCGCUGGGCUCGCCCACGGCCGCGUCUGCGCGGCGCGGCGCGCCAGCGAUGCAGUACUCGCUCAACAACUACCCUCUUCCGGGCCCGCUCUUGCCCGUCUACAACCAGGCGCUCGUCAAGCUCUCACGCUCGGACGAGACCACCACGGGCGGCCUAUUCCUGGCCGCGGAGGAGAAGGAGAAGCCUCGCGAGGGCGUCGUGGUGGAGGCUGGCCCUGGCCGCGUCCAUCCUGAUACUGGCGCGACGCUCCCCACCGCGGUGAAGAGCGGCGACUUGGUGCUAUUGGGCGAGUUUGCCGGCGAGAAGGUGGACUACAAUGGCGCGUCGCACCAGUUCGUGUCCGACGACGGGAUCCUUGGGACGUUUAAGGGCGGCGUCGUGCAGGCCGACACCUUUUGCCCGCUGCGCGACCGGCUGCUUGUCAGGCUAGCCGAGGCGCAGAGCGAGACUUCCUCUGGCAUUGCGCUCGCGACCGGGGACGACGAGGCGGCGACGCAGGGCGAGGUGGUUGCGGCCGGGCCCGGGCGGAUGACCUCCGCCGGCGAGGUGGUCCCGGUGGGCAUUUCCGCAGGCGAGCACGUGUUGUUUGGCAAGUACGCGGGCGCCGACGUCUCGCUGCCCGGGGGCAAGUUCAAGGUGGUCCACGCUUCGGACUGCCUCGCUAAGUGGUAGUUUCCCUUGCUGAAUGCGGGGCCGUAGAUUAGCGAGAGGCUCGGGUGCGCACAAUCCCAGCUGAGGCGCGUGGGGGGGCACGGGGGCGGGGCGGGGGAGCCUCUCGCUCUCCCUCACCCUCUGAAGCUCUGUGAAUCAGCAGUCUGAGUCUCUCGAAAAAGCCCGGGACAGAGAAAACGACAUUUCCGGUCUAGCCAUGUACACAUGAG